AUGCUACAGAACGAGAACUCUGAGUCUGCGACUGCCUGCAGCACUGAAUCUGAUCGAGAAGUGCAACGAAGGAAGCAGGAGGAGAUUCGGGCACUGACUGCUGCGAAAGCAGAGAGCAUGUCCAAGUUCAGGAGAAUGUACGAGAAACAGAUUGAUACUCAGGCCAGAGACAUAGUCAGUCACUACAGAAGAAGCACCCGUGAUGAGUUACAAAACAGUAAGAAAUAG